GACGCAAAUAAGUUUUUAUUUGAAUCGCGCUCGUGGUGUUCGGACCUGUUGCAGUUAGUAAUUCUAUACCCAUUUUAAUAUUAAAUUGCAUUUUAUACAAAAUUGUAUGCAUUUUGAAUACCCUCAUUAAUUUGUAUACAAAUGUAUGUAUAUUACAGUACACAUUUUGUAUAGUCUGUAUAUUUAAAUAAAUUGUGCAAACCUAAAUACAAUAACAUUUUCAAAUGGAUUACCUCCCAUGUGAAAUGAUUGAACAUAUCUUUUCAUUUCUGCCCUAUGAUGAUCGCUUGCAAGCUACGGCAGUUUGCAGGCGUUGGAAAGCAAUCUUUGAAGCACGUGUGAUAAACGAAACCUUGCUGACGGUUGCAAAUAUCCAUCGCGAUGGAGUAGAGUUAAGCAGCUUUCAUUGCGGAAUUCGAAAAAUGAUAAACAGCACACGCAUAUAUCGCGACUUGAAAUUCGUUGACAUAGACUUUUCCAACAUCGAAUUAAACGUAGAUAGACAGCUAUCGAUUAUGAUAGCGAAUUUAGGUCUAAAUGUGUUAAAUUUCACCAUGCAAGGUUGUCGACUGUCAUAUGCUAAACUGUAUAUGGUGAUUCGUCUAUUGAGACGGUUGAAAACUGUUUGCAUAGAUGACUGCCGUAUAUAUCACGAUUUGAUACCUGUGCCGGAGUUCAAACCAAGAGCUACACAAUUACAAAAAGUCAGCAUUUUCAACAUCAAUUCAGAAGACGAGUGGUCGAUUACGAACCUAUUGAUGAACGGUAAUUCGGCAAGUAUUGCCAUAAAAGCUGAAAAAUGCCGACUAAAAUCCGUUGAGGAUCUAGUUGAAAUCUACGCGGAUCGGAUAAAGCAUUUAACUUUAUCGUUUAGUGAAACUCGCACAACUAGAAGGAUAUUUGAAUGCAGUACUUUAACACUCGAAUCGUUAUGCUUAAUUCGCAAUCCUAACUUGGAUAUGCACCACAUAUCUUUCCAAGAAACAAUUGCAACGCAAACCAUGCUGCGAGAACUGAACAUCAACAUGCCGAUCUCGUUACGCACCCUUGCUGAUAUUUCGCGCAACUUCACCGUCCUGGAAUACUUACAAGUUAGAAUCAAUGAGAAGGAAACUAUCGAAGCAAUGCCUUUCAUUUGGCCAAAGCUCAAGAUACUAGAUUUGACGUAUUCUGGAGAUAUCGGCACAGUUCUACAGGAAAUGGAAUUUAAGUCUGAACUGGAGGAACUACGCUUACAUACAAGGAAACUAACCAAAUACACGUUGUUGCUCAUUUAUGAAAAAUGUUGCACAAUAAAAAGACUGACGCUAGCAGCAUUAUCCUUGAUCCGGUGUGAAAAAAUGCUGGGCUCAAUCGGAGAACGCUUAGCUGCCUUAUCGGAAAUUGAACUCCAAUGCGGUUCACGAACAACGUUUGUUCCUUUUUUCAAAUCAGCCUCAUCAUUAAGGUACCUUACCUCUUUGGUUUUUGUCUAUUGUGAUCUUAUCACUAACAAAACUCUUGCAAAUAUCACUUUGCCUUACCUGAACAAAUUGGCUAUUGUGCAGAAUCUCAAGAUUUCAAAGCAAGGAUUAGAAAUACUGUUCCAGAACUGCCCCAGAAUUAAAUCGCUAACGUUACAAGCAUGUCCAGGUGUGGAUGAUGGGGCGGUACAGUUCAUUGCUGCCUUCUUACCUUACUUGGAAUUCUUGGAUAUCAGCAAAUCCGCACAUAUUACUCUAAACAGUGUUCGACAUAUUUUCGAAGGAUGCCGGUUGUUAAAGGACUUGCGGAUUGAUGACUGUCAGCGUUUAAUACUUCAAUGGAGACUUGCACCGAAUUAUAUACAGAGCUUCCCACGUUUAAAAAGUUAUUACCAUGCGUAUCCCGAGUAUUUCAAUUCGUACCUUCCCGUCGAAACAGCUGAUGAGUGCGAUAGUGAUUAUUGUUAUUAUGAUGAUACCUCAGUCGAUCUGUCAGACGUUGAUGAUUAUCUAGAAGACUUUGAGCCAGUAGCUCCCAUCGAAGAACCUAGUCGUGAUGCAGAACCAGCCCAUGUUGUUGUAAUCAGUGAUGAUGAGUAAUUGUCUUAGCUUCUAAUAAAUAAAGAUCAAUUUUAAAAGAA